AUGAUGAAUCUAACAGUUGAAAAUUCUAGUAGUCUUCGCCACAUGAUCGAACCAGAGGCCUUUUGCCAACGCAUUCAAAAUGAUCUCAGUGAUAAGAUACGCCUCAACACAGCCUUCAUCAUUUCUGCUCUGAAUCUGCCCCUAUGGAUUUUCAUCUUGUCCGGAAACUCUGUCAUCCUUUUGGCCCUUAACAGGGACACUUCUCUUCAUCCGCCAUCAAAGCUUCUUUUUCGGAACUUGGCGUUUACAGAUCUCUGUGUUGCACUAAUCACUCAGCCCUCCUACAUUCUACAUAAUAUGGUUAUCGCUUACGAACGCUGGGACAUUUGCCCUUUAACACAAAAAUUAAGUCAUAUCACCACGUAUUUAUUAUGCGGCGUGUCUCUUAUGACUGUGUGUACUAUAAGCGUGGACAGGCUUCUCGCUUUGCUGAUGGGUACGAGAUAUCGACAAGUGGUUACUCUAACACGGGUUCGUAUUUCGCUGCUGUUCGUUUGGAUUUUCUGUUUAUCUACGAGCAUAACACUCCUGUUGAACUUCAGUGUUCGCAUAUACUCUGUCAUCAGCGCCAUUUGCAUCGCUCUUUGGUUGGGAACAUCAACGUUUUGUUACGCGAAAAUUUUCGUCAUUCUCCGAGGUCAUCAGAAAAAGAUAUGCGGUAAUCGAGACCAAGGAUAGCAACAAAAAUAGAUCAUCAGUUACACGUUCUUCGAUAAACUUAAAGCAAUACAGAAGAUCAGUCUCGACAGCUCUAUGGAUAAACUUCACUUUAAUAACAUGUUACUCUCCUACUGCAAUAGUUCUUGUAUUUAGAUCUGUGCCCUCGAUUCCAUUUUCAGCCUUGAUCGUUUCUUUUGGAGCUGCCCCUUCAUUUGUCUACCUAAACUCACUUUUGAAUCCUAUUCUUUACUGCUGGAGAAUC